AAGUCUCGGUUCCCAGCUGAGAGUGGGCUCCUCUCUUCCCCCGCCGUGGGGCGGCGGGGCGUGGACUCCGUGUCCCACAGACAUCCGCAGCCAAAAAUUGCAAAACCUUCGACUGGAAGCGAAGAUCAACGCAGAAAAACACCCGCAGCUUUUCCAUCUAAACAGAAGACAAGAAAAAGGCGACCGGGGUGGAGUCCAAUUCUGUGAUCAUGGCAGUUUCAGAUGAGACAGUAGCUGUGGAGCAAGGGGCCAGCCCAGCCCAGAGCCCGCUGGUUGCCGUCACGUUUCAGAGGAAUGCCAAAAGGAAGGAGAAAUAUCUGGAAGCUGAGCCUAAAGUUCUUGGGAUAACUCAAAUCUGCUUCAGUGUGUAUAUGAUCAUCAGUCUCAGUUUGUUUAGGGCUAAAGGUCUGAGUUCUUCUGAAUCAGAUAUUCCUUUACUCUUCUUUUCCCUGCUGAUAAUUGUAGCUGGGAGUGUAGCUGUUGCAGCAAAGAACCUACAUCUGCCAACACUCACGGCCUGUUUGGUGAUGCAGAUCUUGGCAUGUGUUGCCUCUUUCUUGAACAUGAUCUUCACCAUAAUACUUCUGGGAGUCCCAUCCACCAACUGCUGGUUUAAUUCUUUUGAGAGAAACACCGUCAACAGUACAUAUAAUUACAACACAAUCUGUCAGCAGGUUGAGAGCAUCCAUUCCCAUUUCUUUGCUGGAGGGAUUCUAAUCCAGGCCUGUCUGCUGGCCAUCUCUGCCACCCUGGCUGCCUACUGCUGCAAGGUGGUCAACUGUUGUGGAGCGGCCAACAAAAUGCCAGUGAUCACGAUCCAAUCACCAGCUGACCAGCAGAAAGAAGGAUGACCAGACUAUGUGCAGCUGCAGAUUUAAAGCUCAACUAAUCCUUAUUUUAUGCCAACUAUAGUUCUAAUUAUUUUGCUUAAAGUCAAACCACUAAUGCACUCCUAAAACAUAUAAAUAUCGAACUUAUAGUUUUUACCCCACAUAUAACUUUACCUUUUUUGCUCUCCAUUUUCAGUCUUUUAGAAAGUCUACACACAGUGCAUAACAUUUGAACACUGAAGAUGUUUUGAAAUGGCCUGAUGGAAUGCAGCUUGUGUUAAGUGCAGGAAAUGUUCCUUUGUAAGAUGGAUGUAAACAGGUCUGCAUUCA